AUGGAGUGGCAAGAUAUAGUGAACAAGGUUAGAUUAAUUAGAGAAGAAUUUGACCGCUCAUAUAAGUGUCUAAAUGUUGACAGACCAACUAAGGAAGAAACAGUAGACAAACAUUUUAACAUUCUUUUGCAUUGUUUGGAGGAAAUAAGAAUAGUACUAAACGUAAAUUAUGAACGAUUAACAUCUGCACAUAAAAUUGCAGCAGAGGCAUUUUUUCAUGAUGUCAAGAAUAGAAUAACAACAUUAGCAGCCAAAAAGAAAAUUGAAAUUGAACUUCCAGACACUAUACAUGAAAAGAUAAAAAUCGAAACUAUAUUUUCAAAUAAAGAUUUCAAAAAACAUUCCAAAAUGACCCAAACAGUAGUAGAGUUUCUUAAUACAGCUUCAAAGCUUAUUAAUGACUUUGAUGGAAAGUCUGAAAACCUACGUUCUUUCAUUGACUCAUUGCAACUUGUAGAUUCAAUUAAGGGCGAACACGAAGCAGUUGCUGUAUCCAUUAUUAAAACAAAAUUAAAAGGAACAGCAAGAAAUUAUAUUGAAAAUGAAAACACAAUAAUUGCAAUUAUAAAUAAGCUAAAUAAUAGCAUUAAAGGCGAAUCAGUCGAGGUACUGACUGCCAAAAUCAUGAACAUUAAACAAAACAAUAAAACUGCAAACGCAUAUUGCAGCGAAAUUGAAAAUUUGACAAAAUCGCUAGAAAGUGCUUACAUAAAAACAGAGUUAGCAAGCAAAUACUCAACUCAAGUAGCUGUAAAAGCACUAACUAAAAAUUGUACCAUAGAUAAGGUAAAAAUUAUCAUGGAAGCAGGUCAAUUCAAUACUAUGAAUGAUGCAAUGAGCAAAUUCGUAAAUAGUUGUACAGAAGCAACUGGACAACAGAAUGCAAUACUUCAUUAUAGGCAAAACUCCAACAAUUAUCGUGGAGGAUAUAAUAGAUUUCGUGGAAGAAAUAACUAUCCACGAAACAAUGACAAGAAUAGCAAUCAAAACAAUAACAACAAUAACAGAAAUAAUUACAACUACAGAAACAGACAAAAUUAUAAUAAUAAUAACCGUAGGAAUAGAAACUACGUUAACGCAAUCGAAAAUGAAAGCGAUUCGGAAAACCCGAAUCUUCCCCUAGGAUCAACUCAGUAA